UUUUAUUUCCGACCCCACUGAAAAACGAGCGAAAGGAGAAAAAAACCAUUCCGGAUUGAGUACGGUUGCGAAUACAAUCAAUUCUACUCAAUGGAUAGUUCAAUAUAUUGAACUAAGCACAACGACCAAGAGGAAAAAUUCUGAAAAAGCACUGAAAUUCAAGAAUGAGGGAAAUAAUUAUUUUCAAGUCAAGAAAUAUACAGACGCAGUUUCAAGUUAUACCAAGGCAAUCUUGUAUAGUGAUUCUGACACUGAGUUUCUGUCCUUGACAUAUGGGAACAGAUCAGCAGCGUCCUAUCGACUUGGGAAUUAUGAGGAAUGUCUCUCAGACAUAGAGGCUGCACAGAGGGUAGGCAUUCCAGAUGGGUCAAAAUGUAAACUGUAUUCUAGGAAAGCUAACUGCCUUGCAAAGCUUCAGAGGUGGGCACAACUGGAGCAGUGUCAGGAAGAAUGCUCAUUGUUAAGAUUGGAUUCUACUAUGAAAGAAAAUAUGAUAAAGGAAAUCAAAAGACUGCUAAGUGAACAGCAUGUAAGUUCACACGUCUGCAACACUGAUAUAGAAUCACCAGGUCCACCAUCAGUUUCGUAUGGCCAGAACACAGUGUUGGUGCAGGCAAGCAGAGCUGUGGACAUGUCCUACACCACAGAGAAAGGCAGAUAUGUGACUACUUCCAUAGACAUACAAGCAGGUGACACAUUAAUAGUAGAAAGGCCAUAUGCAGCUGUGUUGCUGCCUGAACAUUACCUCACCCACUGUCAUCACUGUUUUGGGAAACUAAACAUAGUGUAUCCAUGUUGCCAAUGUGUCCAGGUACGUUACUGCAGCCCGUCAUGCGCUGAAGGCAGCUGGAGUCAGUACCACAGGACCGAGUGUCACUACCUUCAGCUCCUCCAUUCUGUCGGCAUCGCACAUUUGAGUCUGAGGAUUGUCCUGGUAGCCGGUCUCAAGUUCUUGACCAGUAUCAUGUCAGAGUUGGAGAGCCGUUCUGUGGACCCUUCUAUUGCCGGCCUUGAUGCAAAUGGCAGAUACUGUCGCAGCUACAUCGCAGUCCAUGACCUUUUGACCCACUUGGAAGAUAUGAGUCCAGUGGAUGUUGUGCAUUAUACCCUUACUGCACAACUCCUCCUGAAAGUUCUCCAGCACUCUGGGUGGUUUGAUAGAUGUGGAGAUAUCACUGGCAGUGAGAGUACAUCUAAAGGAAAUUCCCCAUCUAGCAUGACAGGGCAGCACAAGUCAGUAGGGGACUAUAUUGGCGGGCUUCUGCUACGUCACAUCCUUCAGCUGGUGUGUAAUGCACACGCCAUUACAGAAUUACAGUACCAAGACUCAGGUCAUGCUGGGCUGGUUGAAGGGAAGAAUCAGGUGCGGGUUGCCACAGCAAUAUAUCCCACUGCAAGUCUUAUGAACCACUCCUGUGUACCCACUAUCAUAUCAAGUUUUCAAAAAGAUGUUCUGGUGGUUCGAGCUGUGAAAGACGUUCCUAUGGGUGGCGAGAUCUUCAACUGUUAUGGACCACAUGCAAAGAGGAUGGGGUACACUGAGCGACAGAGAUGUCUCAAGGAACAGUACUUCUUCACAUGUGGCUGUGAGGCCUGUUUAAAAGGGGUGGAGGCUGAAAUGGUGUUACAUGCAUACAGAUGCAGUGGCUGUGAUGGGCCCACAUGUGAAGAUAUAGACAGGGAGCCAGGUACCAUGGUCUGCAGACAGUGUGGGGCUACUUGUUCUCUGGACAGGACACAGAUGUUGGAGGCUGAGAGACUUUUCAAUCGGGGAUAUCAGUGUCUCCAGGAGAAUAGGGUCGAUGAUGCUCUUCAGAACCUACAGAAAUGCCUGGAACUACAAAAGUCUUUGCUGUACAGGAACAACAGAAAACUGUCCGAAACCCAAGACUGUUUGGCAAGAUGCCAUGCUACAAAAGGACAGUUUCACCAGGCUUCAAAAUAUAUAGAAGAGAGUAUUGGAACAGUUGUCAUCAAUUAUGGACAAGAGAGUAUUGAAGCAGCCAAUGAGUUCCAAAAGCUGUCAGAAAUACUCAUAAAUGCACAGGAAUGGAACAGAGCUCUGGUAGCCAAUCAGAAAGCAGUUCACAUAUUUGAAAUGAAUUAUGGGCAGUCACAUGACAGUGUGAAAAUACUGAUGGGCGCUCAAAAUGAACUUUCUGAACUGAUUAAAGCUUUAAAAAUAUAAUGUUGAUAACAAAAAAACCAACGAAUAAUUCUUAUGCAUGUUACUGAAUGUGUUUAUUGUGUUCACUGCUAAUCCAUGUUCAGUAUUUUGUCAUCUAGGAAUUCGUCAUCUUUAAAUUCAAUCACAAUCUUCUUUACAUAAAAUGUUUGAAGUAU